AUGGGAAAGCAUCCCUCGUCUCCGCCUUCUUUGCGGCAAAGUGGUUCGCAAAGGCAAUACUGGUCCAUUUACGCCGCCUUUCUGCUGCUCCUCGCCAUUUGCCAAAUCGCUUGGGUCAUAAAUCCUUAUGCCCUAUCCUUCCUGGCUGACUUCACGGAUGUCGUGGGAAUUGCAUCCAGUUCACGCCACUCGCCAUAUGGUCGCUUCCCAGCACGGGGUGAUCCAUUUCACUUCAUACCGUGUACAAACACGUCUAUUUUACCUGCUCUAGACGACUCUGACCCACUCAAAUCAUGGGCUGCCUUAUUUGAACCUGAUCCCACACGUUGGAGCUGGGGUAAACAAUCAUCACGAAAGAGCAAUGGUCCCACUGAUCCUUAUACUGGUCGUGGAAUAUACCUCUGCGGCUACCUGGACCGCCCGCUCAACUCAUUGAACGGUUCGGAUGAUCGGAUCGUGCGGAUUGCCGUCACCAAAUAUCAAGUCUCCGGCCUGGCUCCUGUCGGUCGCUGGCAGAAUGCAUCAAGAGGACGAAAGUCUGAGCGAACAAUUAUUCUGGAGCCCGGUGGCCCGGGCGGCAGCGGAACCAGAGAGGUCUGGGAUCAAGCCGAAAUAGUGUCACAACGUUAUAGUGAUGGCCAGUAUGACGUUCUAGGCUGGGACCCUCGAGGAGUAAACGCCUCGCUUCCUUCAUUUUCGUGUUAUCCCCGGGAUUCCUUCCGCGAUAGAUGGGCUUUCUUCAAGGGUUUUUACCGUGAAGAAGUAGCCUCCACGAUGCAGCAUCUAAAAACAAAUGAUGCUAUGAAUAAUGCUACAUUCUACGCUUGCCACCAGAUCCAUGGUGACUUUGGCCGGUUCAUUGACACAACCUUUGUGGCGCGGGAUCUUGAAGAAAUCCGCAAAGGUCUCAAUGAAGAUCAGAUUACUGGCUACUUCAUAAGCUAUGGCACAGCAGUUGGGAUCACUUAUGCAAACAUGUUUCCAGACAGAAUAGGCCGACUGCUUUUAGAUGGCGUCGAGUCUGUCAAGGAUCAAAGAAGACUGGGCGGCUUUGCGUGGUCCUCUGUUUAUAGCAUAUUGGAUACAUGGCGUGAAGGGUUUCUUGGGGAGUGUCUCGACGCCGGGCCAAGUCUUUGUCCACUCGCGAGGCCGGUAGGUGGCUCACAGACACCUGUCACACUGGAGGAACUCGAGAAUCGGAUGGAUAGGCUAUUCCAGACUAUUAUUGAACAGCCGAUAUCAGGAUACACUCCUGUGGGCGGUCCAGGUAUCAUCACCUACUCACAAGUCGCCUUCUGGAUAUAUACCGCUAUGUAUUCACCGAGCAGAUGGCCGCUCACAGCUCAAAUCCUUUAUAAUCUAGAAGCUGGUGAUGCUCGUCUGGCACUUGAUGAGCUUGAAAAACGCUGGUACAGGAGUCAUCAAGCAUCGUCCCGAGAAUUACUUUACACGGUCGUCUGCGCGGAUUCCUAUGAUGACCCGCUACCAGAGGACGGCCUCAUCUGGUGGGACAAAUUCUGGGCAGAUAUGACCAAAAAAUCGUGGAUCUCAGGGACAUACCGUUUUACCCGUGUAUUUGGGUGCCGGCACUAUAACACUUAUUGGCCCAGCCCACCAGGAGUGUAUAGGGGUGCGCUGAACAAUACACUGAGCAAUCCAGUGCUAGGCAUCUCUGGGACGCAUGACCCUGCCACACCGUUGAAGAAUGGGAGAGAUACCUUGGAAGACAUGGGCGUUGAUAAUGCUCGACUUAUUGUCCAUCAUGGAUAUGGACAUAUAUCAGAGUCGGAUCCAUCAGAUUGUACAGAUGGUCUGGGUCGUGCGUACAUUCUUCAUGGCGAGAUUCCGGAGAGUAAGGAGACACACUGCUACGCCAACGGAAAACCAUACCGUAGUCGCCCUGAUGCGUAA